CAAGCACAACAGAUGGUACAGUACUACAGGCUGCAGGAGCGCAAUAUUUCUGUGCACAAGUACUUUUAUAUCUCCAAACUUCACCGCGCAGUUUAGUGUUUAAGGGGUAAAGGGUUCUCCGAGGACAAGCGCGACUUUGUGAGUGGCUGGAUCCUACGGUCUAGAGGCGAAAUUUGGUGUCAAGGUAAGUUGUGAUGCUUUACAAAAUAACAUGAGCCGUUCACAUUUCGGAUUCAAUGAACUCAGAGCAGUCUGCGCAGAGAAACAAAGCUUAAAAUGUUCGAGUUUAAACAUUUUGCAUCCUUUUCCAAUACAGUCGUCUGAGCCUUUUAGGAAACUAAUCCCGAUUUUAUUGUGUUACAUAAUAUUCAAUGAGGAACAAUAGACUUGUGAAAUAGCGUCAACUAACCCGUCAUUAGAUCAGAAAACCGUCCCUGUAGACAAAGACCACAUUCUCAAGCGGAUCAAAAGUUAUUCACAAAUUGAGACUGAGACGCAUUUAAUGAAAAAAAAAUAGGACGUAUAUAUGCAAUGGUAAAAUAAACUUGAACUGUGGCAGCAUUAGUGUGGGUGUGAAAUAUGAAUGAAGAGAAACAACAGUCCUCUCCGUGAUCCUUAAAUCUGAGUGUAAAGAGUCUUCAGCUCUUUAUUUCUGGACUUGUAGCAGCAGUGAGUCUUCACUGGCUCUGUGACUUCUGUUGACCCCCCUGCAGGCAAACUUAUAUGUGAAAAACCAUACAGACACUUCCAUGUCAGAGGUCAGUAAUGCACUCUGACAUUGUCUGGAGCAGUUUUUCAUCUCUUGUGUGAAGUGGUCCGAGUUAAAGAUGGCUUAAAACAGGGUUACUGAAGGCAUGCUAUCACAGCUCCACUUGGAUGGAAUUAAAAAACCUCUAAAAACAAAUGCCAGCUAUCACUGCUCACGGCUGUGAUAGUUGGCACUCAUCACUUUGCCAUGGACUGUGUGACAUUUUGUGGGCAUCUAUCAAGCACUGUGUGAGGAGGCAAUCAUUUGUUUUUCAAAACAGAUGCACCUUGUAAAACAGAAAUUUAAUUAGCUUUUUUGGAAAUGAAGCAAAAUAGGUGCCAAAUGCUGGAGUGGAUCAGGGCUAACUCCCGCUACCACCAUGCAGUGAUGAGGCUUUUUACUGUAACAGCAUGAGAGACGCUGACACUAAUCUCCCUGAACUCUUGCAUGCUCCCUGCCUCAGAGGAACAUGAAAGAGCAGGCACUCUGACAUUUAGUUCAAGUAUCUAAUAAGACUCUGAAUAAUCAACUCUCAGUCUGCCUUUUGACAUUCAUUAUUAUUAAGCUGCUACUUAAAUAUAGAUUCAGGUCUGUACCUUUGGCAGCCCAGCAAUCCAGCUCAGCCACACGUUCAGAUUUACACAGGAAUAAAAUCCCCCAUUUGAGCAUUUUUACCAGAGGUUAAAACUGCUCAUCCAAAUGCCAUAUCAUCAAGUGCCUUUGAGACGUUGGAUUGUGCAUGGGGGUCACAGUAGGCUUUAUGUAAUGAUUUGCUCUCUACCGGAGGAGGUCUGGACCUGUGGUGGACUGCAGGUGGGCCUGUGGAAGCAGCAGCAGCAGCAGCAACAGGAUAGUGCUGCAGAUUGCCACACAGACUCAUAAUUUGUUCACAAUUAGAUCUCCUGGGAGAGCUUCGACAACUUUGUGCUGCAUCUCCUCUCGACUCAGUGCGAGUUAUUGGCACGAUAGAACUGUGGAAAUGUAAGGAUUUCUUUGAAAAUGUGACUUCAGAUAUACAAACCUGUGAGGUAAUUAGGGCAACAGUGCUGUGAAUUAGUGGAAAUCAAUAUAUAGAAGGCAGUGGAGUAGGUUCUCUUGUAUAAAUAGCUGUGGGAUCAAUUUUUGAAAGUCUGCUCAUUUAAAUCUCCACUUACUUGAAAGUACCCGAGCAUUCCUGCACUCCUGUCUGUUUAUCACUGUUUGCCUUUAUGAGUCCUUUGGUUGUCUUUGCACUGUACCGUACAUACUGUAUUGUGCAAGUAUGCUAUGUCUCUUCCUUGUAUCUGCUGCUGCUGCUGCUCAUUGAAAAUUUUAUGAGACCUUUGAAAAUCCUGAGCCUCCAAUACCCCUGCAUGAGAGCUACAUGACAAAAUUCUUCUACUAUGUGUGCUCUUAGUUGAGGAGUGUAAUGUUCUGAAGCACACACACACACACACACACACACACACACACACACACACACACACACACACACACACACACACACACACACACACACACACACACACACACACACACAGCAGUAUUAUUGGAGCUUAAAUUAGUCUGUACUGCAGCAGAGACAUGUGGGGGACCUUAGAGAUUAGGAGUUAUCUCAUAUCAUGUACCUUUCAUUGUUCAAAGUUCACAGCUGAAAUGAUGGAUGCAGAGAUGUUGAAGAAAAAGCAGUCCUUGUUUAUGGAUGUUUGCAUUUCUUUGUCCACCUUUCAUUUGUGAACUCAGGAGAGUGUAUAUUUCUCCAAAAGUACACAUUUUGACACUAAAGCAUAAGACGUGUUGUAAGGAGGAGGCUCUACUGCUGUCACUAUUGGAUUGCAUUAUUGCUGCAGGUGCUCCCUGAGAAGUGUUUUAUGAUAUUGUGGGAAAAUAAGAAUUGAAGGUCUUUAGCUGAGGGAUCUGUAUCAAAGGAGUGUAAUUGCUUAAGUCAGGGAAGUCAUCCCUCUAGCAUAAAAGGGUUGUUUCUAAAGUAAUAAAAUUGUACCGGCUGGUUUUAUGAGAGUUAGAGUGUGUGGACAGUGAGAGAAGCCAAAAUCAAAAGCAUGUGGAUUCUUAGCCACUGCAGAGGCUGACUGUUGUAUUGACUUUACAUAACACACGUGUGAGAUAAACCUUAUUCUGAUUUUACCAUAAUUUUCUUUUUUUCUGGAACCUUUUCAGAGCCAACAAAUCAUCAAACACUGCAGCACAGAGACAUGAAAUAACAUGAUGCAUUUUUGCUGAAGAAUUGAAACAGCACACAGAUGUAUUCUGAUUUAUAAAUGUGAUGCCAUGCAUGUGUAAACGUGGAAUAACAAUUUUUGCAAAGGAAACCUUGUCUUGUAAACUGAUAAAAAGAUGCAGCUAUAACUGCUGUCAUUAUUUCUUAUUUGGGGGUGAAAUAUUCCAGCUAAUAGGCUUCAUUUAAGCCUCUACAGUUUCACUGCUGCUGUCCACCCAUCAAACACAAGCCAGCAAUGUCCUUAAAUGACUCAAACAGCCAAGCAAGAUUAGGAGAAGUCCGAAAAUAACUGCAGCAACACAUAGGUUUUGUUUUUUUGUACCUGUUCGUGGAUCAAUACCCUGCUGUGAGGAGUGAGUGAGAGUAGAGCCUGGAGGAUACAACAGUAUAUAAAUCCUGCAGUGAUACCUGUAGCAGCCGCUAAGCAGUUGUGCCAUAGAGCAGCUGACAUUAAGCUGCUAAUCUGAAUAUUGAAGAUAAGUCGUGCACAGUUGUGACAGGGCUGACGGAUGCAUUAAAAAUGAACACAGUGGAUUCAAACAUUUCAGCUGAUUGUCAACAUCCUUGUUAUUAUAUCACAUCCAGACACGCUGAGCCUUGCUCCCCCCUGCUUAUUUAUUAAUCAUUGUGCGUCAGAAAAUGUUUGCUUCAACAUCAAACCCUCUCAGAUCAGCUUUAAUCCACAAACACACCUAACAGCAGCUUUUAUUUUUCUAUAUCUUGAAUAUUGAUAACAUUCAUUUUUAUGGCCUGGCUUCCUGCAUGGCAUUCAUCGUAAAAAAAGAAAAUAAAUAUUGAAGGAUUUUUUUUUUUUCCUGGAGGUAGCACAUGAUGUCAAACCAUGGACCUUUAAUAGUGGCAAACAGGCAAUUGUUAGCAUCUAUCUUUUUCAUCAACAUAGCAAAGACAGCAAAUACUGUGAAAAGCUGUUGUGCAGUCAGCAGCUAAAAUUGAGCUCAUGACUAUUUAUCCAAAUCUGGACGAAAUGGCCAAAGAUUCAACCAACCAAACACAGUUUCCUUUUUUAUUUAUUUGACUUUGACAUUUCUUUUCAUAAAAUCAAACAAAAAAACAGUACAGAAACCAUAAUAUUUUUCGACCUCUUUUUUUAAUUGAUCAGGAUAGUGGCUUUCAUUGGCCAGAGCAGCCCCCAUCACAUACAGUGGGUUCUGAAAUUGACUGUAUUGUGCUGGUAUCAUGUGCUUUCUGCAGCCUGGAAACAAGUCUUAAAGAAAGGAUAAGGCUGCGGAGGAUGUGCUCACUUUUAGGGAUGGGAAUCAAGAACUGUUUUUUGUUGAGAACCGGUUCCAAACGGUUCAAUCCAUUGACAUCAUUUACAUUUUGGGCUCUAUUUUCGUGCCUCGCCGGCGACACGGCGCAUGUGCGGCGUAAGUCAGGUCCGCCGCGCCGACAAGGCAUUCCCAAGCACAAUUUGGUAUUUUUGUGAGUGGCGCAGCCCAGCGUAAGUAUCCCCCCUCCCUAACUCAGCUCCUCCCAGCGGCGUAGUCGUAGCGAGGGAGGAGAGAAGACUUGGAGUGGGUUUAACACAGCCGAGACCUGUUUUCACCAAUCACAUACGCUCCUCUCCUCGCCUUUAAAUCUGCCACCGGCGAGGCGUAUUACUAUUUUUGUGAAGUAGUCAAAGAGAUCAAGAGAUGUCUGAAGACAGUAAUGCCACACGAUGGCGACAGAAGGCAGCUCCUCAACAAGUGUCACUGUAAGCGCUGCAGACACUCUCUCAAAUAAGCACAGAUGGAUUUGGUGUGUGUAAUGUUGGACCCACUGGUAAGACAAACACCCUUUUCCACAAAUAAAGACAAUCACAUAUUUAAACCUCACGUGACAAAGGUGGGUUGUGCGCACAGAUCACAACAUAAACUCCAAAAAUGGCAUUAAAAUCGGAACCAACUGUGAGUAAAUGACACAUCGCGCUCCGUGGCCUGGCUCUUUCUUUCAUAGAUGUUGGCAUAUAAAAUAAAUUUGGCUCACAAAACUGAAUAUUAUGAUAUUCAUAUUAUGAUAUUAUGAUAUCUUAUCACUGAAACAAAUCAUCUGUUCAGCUGCAGCUGCAGCAGGACGAGGAGAGGACACAGAGACAUGUCCAGGUCGAGCUGCGCAAGAAAUAUGAGGAAGAGGAAGAAAAAAAAGGAGGGAGACGAAUUACAUAUCUUGUUAACUUCAUCAUGUGUGUUUAUUUACUAGAUAUUUAAUUUAAUUUGAUGCGGUUUCAGCUGUGUUGUUUUGGUCAGGUUGAGGUGUCCAAACGUGCCAAACGCGCUCAUCAGAUCAGAUAUAGAUCAGAAUAUAUCGCUAUAGAUCUAAAUUUAUGUGCUGACUCAGAUCAUUAGUUGUUGAUUAUUUAUUGCACUGAAAUCUGCCUGACACUGUGGAAACCUGCCGGUGAGGCAUCGGUGACGUAUGCCGAUACGCCGCCGGUCUACCAAAAUACCACAAGUCCAGCUGCGCUCCACUUGCGCUGAAAGCUGACCAGGUUUGAAUUGGCGAGCUUUCAGCGCACUUUACACACCGGUGGCGAGCACGAAAAUGUCACUGCGCCAGCUGGUUCUGUCGACACCUCCCCCUGCCACGCCACCACGCACAGCUAGGCGGACCUUGGUGCGCCUCAGUCCAUGAAAAUACCAAACUGGCUGUACGCCGGGCUCCGCCAGAUGAAAAUACAACUGCGCGGGGCCCGCCACUGUCUACCGCGUCACUGGCUGACACGAAAAUAGAGCACAUGGUCUUCAACUCCAACCAACACUUUCUUAAACCACGUCAUCUGAGCCAUGGUUUCAUGUUAUGAUUGCCAUGGGUUUAUUUUCACCCUCUGAAGUGAAGCCUAAAAGUACACAUUUGAAAACCACUAAUGAAUUUUUUUUUUUUUUUUUUUUUUACCAGGUCAACUUAGCUGUUAAUGUAAUCAAAUUUUUGGCCUGUUAAAAUUCCCUGGAUCAUUUGAAAAUGAGUUACAGGAGCAUCUUGGCCAUUCAUUACAGUCUCACACAUUUAGCUUUCAUUGUUGGUGAGGGAGAUACGUCGUGAAAAGGUGACACAGGAGAAUAAACUACAGGAGAGUGAGCUGUGAUUAAUCAGUGUCCCACCCCGAAUAUUUUGCCAAGGCUGGUUCCUUUUUGUGGCAAGAAUCCAGUGCUGACACUGCCUUUGUCAUUAGUUAUUGUCGGUUGCAUCAGAGGGAGCGUGUAACAGCAGUUAAGUUUUAAUGACAUGUCACAAUGCUUGUACUGUCCUUGACCUUAUGAAGAGAAACACGUAUUUGUAGUCUCAUUUCAAAAAUUAAAAAAGGGGAGUGUUGUUGUUCUUGUGAAUAAUCAGUUAUUAAGACAGGGGACAUCCAUAAGAAAAACUGCCUGUAAGCCUCAUCUUUAGUAAAACGGUUACUCGUGGCACAAUGCAGCAAAGAGCGGACCUGUCUGGCGCCCACAAAUAGAAAAUUCGGGGGGAGGAUUUUGGCUUAGAGAUAAGCUCAACACUGAGUCAUUAUGCCACUGUAGACAUUUACAUCCACUAUUCAUUGGCUUCUUUAGUAAUAUCUAUUUGACAUUGCUGGUAAAAUAAACAAUGUGUCUCCUCCAAACAACUGAAUUAUCCAAGUUUCUUAAAACCUUUUAUUUCUUGGCAUAACAGUUGAACAUCAUGAUGACAUUUUUAAAUAACCCGCUGACCUGACCUUGAAUAUAUAAUAAUUUAACUCUAAAUAACCCCGCUUAGAAAGAUUACUGGCUUAUCUUGCUGAUUUCAACACAGAUUUCAACAUAACAUGACUUUUUAAAAUUGAUUUGUUAAUCUUUGGGACUUCUUUCAAGGUUUUGGUUGUGAUUGCAGUGUAGGAGGAUGACUGUCCUGCAGCAGCAGGAACUACUGAAUGUUUGAGUCAGUUUCUAUUUCAGCCUGAAGGCAACCAUAGGUUUGUGAAAUGUAAUACCUACAAGCUGGUUAUUCAAUUUAAUUCAAUUCAUUUGACAAAAUCUAGGCAAUCAAUGUAUAUUUGUAUAUAAAUGACAUGACUUAACUAAAUAUACAACAUAAUGUCAUGGGUACCUGACACUCAGAACUGAUCAUCUCGAGUGUCAGUGAUUUUCAGGUUUAUGAAAUGAAAAAAAAAGAACCAGGUAGAGCCAGAUUUCAAUCCCCAUCCCUUAUCUGCUGCUGCACUCUCUUGAUCCAACACAUCCUCUUCUCUCCACUGUGCAUUAGAAGUAAUAGGCCUCCUAUGUGGAGCAAUGCUGUCACCACCACUUAGUAUGUCACGCUGUCCCCUGCUCUGUCAUUUUCUCAUUCACAGCAGUAAAGGGGGUAAAAGGGGAUGAAGUGUUAAGAGGCGGGGAUGUUGAUGAAAGGUGUUUUUAUUGUCUUCUGGUGUUUGCUAACUGUGUCCUGUAGAAAUGGAUGGCAUUUGUCAUGAUAUUUCAGUAGUGAAGGUAAUUUCUCAGGUGACAUUUUGCGCAUGAACAGAAGACUGCAGUAAAGCUCGGCUCUCUGCAGCAUAAACUGAUGAAAUGUGUUGAAAUAUCCACUGAAUUUAUACCUACCCAAAUCCAUGCAGCAAACACUCAUUUCUAUUGUUUCAUAAAUGAUCAGAUAAUUUUAUGAUUAAAACACAACAGUUUCACUUUCCAGGCUCUGUUUGUCACACUUCCAAUAUCCCACUUAUUAUUAAAUUCUCUGUUCAUUAAAUAUUACUCCACUCCAUGUUGUACUAGUCUCUGCUGCAUGUUAUACAGGUGAAGGACAUCGGAAAUCUAUUUUAAUUAAAUAAGCAUGUGAGAGCCUGAAGACAACCGGCAGUUGUGUGACAAUCAAUAUAGGCUUUUAUACUCUAGUAAUUUGUCACUGUGGUGACCCCCUGACGGAUGCGCUUUGAGUUGACCCUUGAACCCUGACUUCAUGAUGUGCUGCUGUUGGCCUGCAGUCAUCUGCUAAAGCACACCUUGAUUUUGAAGCACAUUGGAGGGAGAACAAGUUUUGUAAUCCAUGUUUUUAAUGUUUUUGAUCUGGAAUUCACUAGAAUAGCAAGCUCAGGUCUUUCAGCGGUUAUGAAAGGUGUAACAGCACAGUUUUGGCUUCUGGCAUAACACGAAGAGGGGGAGAACAGGGGAAAAAGGCUUGUUAAUCAGGUAGGCAACACCAUAACAGACUGUAUGAAGUGAAAUCUGAGUGUUAGAGGCAGUGAGUCAUGCACAAGAGUAAUAAGACUUUUUUUUUUUUUUUUAAAUCAUUCUUGCUGAGCUGGUAUCAUCCAUAGACUGUAUAUGCUAUGGACAACUUGGUUCCACCUUUCGCCAGUAUACGGAUUUGAAGCCGAAAAGCUUCUCGGUAUUUUCGUUUUUUUCUUCACUUCCUAAAACCAACAUUGCGCAGUAGCAUUGUACGCAUUCGGUGCGAGAGUCGCUGAGAGUCGCUGUGAUGACGCUCGGCUCAAACAACGUAUCCCCGGGAGAACUACAAAAUCUUUGUACGCCCAUAGGCUGUAUCAAGUGUCAAUCAUAGAACACAUGAACCCCCAAAUAACUUUUAAAAAUGGAGCUGUACAGAAAAAAAAGGACUUGAGCACAAACCAGUUUUACAAUAACUACAUGUCAACAUUUCAAACGGGGGAGAAAAAUUUGGGUUCUGUGUAAUAAAUGUCUAAAGUUUGUCCACAGCUCUACAAGUUUUGCUGGAGAAGGUGGGAUUUAUGACCUGUACUGCAGCCCGUCACCAAAGGGGGUUGUUCUUGGAUUGGCUUCACCCAGCGGGGAGGCAGAUGGCGCCCAUUCUAUAUACAGUCUAUGGUAUCAUCACUCAAAGUAGAGUGAAUAACAUGAAAUAUUUAUUUGGAAAUCUAAAACUUACAAUUAAACAGAUUAAAUAACAAGAAGGGCUUUCUGCAUCUGUCAGAAGCCUCACUAAUAUAGAGACAGAUUUAUAUAAUGCCCACCAUUUGAUACGCAGUAGUCACACUCUGUUCAAAUGUCAUUUCUUUUCCCAAAAUGUCUCUGCCGUUUCCUGAGGGAAACAUGUGGCGCUUUGGCUGCUAAAUGCUCAAUAGCUAGUUGUUAGUAUGUCUGUCUUCUGUGGGAUGUUAAUCAGAUAGUAUAGAGUGGGCUUUCAGAGCUUUUCUCUGAAACAACCUCCUGCUGAGGCUGAAAAGGGCGUUUUAAGAGCAUUAAGUGUGAACCUCUUGAGAAAGUUGUGGGCUGGAUGCAGCUGCAGAUUUACGUGAUAGUUUCCUGAAGGUUCAUCACUGACUUGGCUUCACAUUUGCCCCUGAUAUGCUGUUGUUAGGGUUAUAACCGAAGACUAUUACCAGUGUAAGUAGUGACCACUAUCAUGGCUUUAAGAUGUUUCCCUGAAGCUGUUAAGACUGUCACAUCCUCACUGAGAGUAAAAGGAAAGAGAGGCACGCUCUCUCUGUAUCUGCCUUUGUGUGUAUGAUGAGAGAGGGAAGAUGAUGUUUAAAGGAACCAGAAAAAAGCUCAUGUUUUUCAUUUUAAAGUCAAAUUAAAUCAGAUGCGAACGUGUGCGGGGAAGAGUUGAUGGACUUUAAUGAGCAGAUCCAACACAACUCAUUCAAAACAAUGGAUCAUACUCGUGUGUGAAAAACACUCUCAUACCAAUACACAUGGAUGAAAAUAAGAUUUAUCCCAUAUUGCUAUUUAAAGAAAUAAACAAACCUCCAAAAUAUAAAUGCAAAAAAAAAUCUUCUAAAUUUAGCAAUCAGCCGUACACAACAUAAACCCUCCUCCAAAGCAAAUGAUGCAUUUCCCUGCGUUGAAUGGAAGCAGUACUGUACUAUGACUCCACGCUGAAGGACUUUGUAACCAAGGCAACGGACAACAGGCGCAGAGAAUGGUCAGAUUAGCUAGUGAAGUGUGAAGAGGAAGCAUUUCGGAUUUUACAUAAAGCAACAUCACCAGGCUGCCUCACAUCAAUGAAGAGUGUCAGCCGCUGAAAUAAACCAUUUACCUGGUUAAAGACUUCUUCUCGUAGCCUUCCUGCACCCCAUGCUCUUCAUCAGUUUAUCAAGUCAUGCACAGAGUUUGCCUGAUAACCACGUGUGUGUGUGUGUGUGUGUGUGUGUGUGUGUGUGUGUGUGUGUGUGUGUGUGUGUGUGAGUGUGUGUGUGUGUGUGUGUGUGUGUGUGUGUGUUUAUUGAUAGAGUUGGACAUUAUUCAUACUGCAUGUACACAGAAGAGGAUUUGAACAGAGGUUCAAAGCCAAACUCAUAUCUGAUCACAAAGCUGGAGAUGAGAUAAUCACAUACCUCGGAAAAAGAGCUUGGUGGAGGUGGAUGCCUCCAUUAGCGAUUGAGAUUCACACCUCAGUCAUUCAUUUCACUACCUCCCACCGAGCUGACCCCCUGUCACAUGUUCUGAGUCACCUGGCUCCACAUCACCCCUCCCUGCUUGUUCCUCUCACCACAGUACAUCAACCUCCCUUUCUAUCCACCCAUUGAACAGACUGAGAGCACAUUAACUGUACCACUACCCAGACAAGACAAGGAAACACAGAAGAAACGAGAAUAUUUGGUACACACUGCUACCAUUGACUGGCAGGAGGCUUUGUAGAGAUGCUUUUUCCAUUCACGUGGGACGAAAAGAAGCAUGAGUGUAGCUUUGUGGUGGAAAGUAGGUUUUGUUGCAGUGAGUCUGGUCUUCACCCACAUUCACUUCUACCAGGCCAAGUGUGCAUCAGAGGACCAUGUCCUCUCAGUUACAGUUUUAACUAUCCGAGCCCACUUUUAUGGUCUGUGGUUCAUUCAUUUACUUUCAUGCAGCACUGGGUUAAAUGCAUCAUUUUUUUAGGGUGGCUUUUUUUGUGCCCAGCAUGUUGUCUGUGCCAGAAAAACAGACGUUUUUUGACAGAUAUAGAUGCAAAUAUGUCUGUGUAGAUGCGUAAUGUUUAUUUAUUGACCUUGAAACAGCAUUUGAAAUAGCAAUGAAACCCAGGCCUCUAGGUCUUUUCUUCCAGGGUUUCUCCAGCAUGUUGAGCUUCUGAUUACGUUGUUCAAUUUUAAUGUAUGCACAUGCAGUGGAGGGGGUGUGCUUUCCUGCCUGCAGGCUUUAGUGUUCCUCAUAAGCACAUGGGAGGGCAGGGAGCUCUCAGAAAAAAAUCAAACUGCCAAAAAUGACGACUGUACUGUAUGUAAAUCAUUCAUUUCGUUUGAUGAAAGUGGUCCUAACUGAAAUGUAGUUCACACAGUGAGAAGCAUAGGAUUUAAGGCUUGUCUCAGUCUUAAACCAAUGUGGUAGUGGCAUUGAUUCAUGAUUAAAUACCAAAUAAGACACCAAGGUAUUUUUACCUACAUGCGCAAUAGACCAAGGUGAGUCCCAUACUGGCGAUUAAAAAGCAGCAGUCACUGGGACUACAUUAACAUGUGCCCGGCUAUUUUCAUAAACAGACAUUUCACCCUCUCCAUUUACAAAAAAAUAAAAAAUAAAAUGCAUGCACACCACUACAUUUUUAGAAAGGUUUUCAUUUACACUAACCCCUUGUAUAUAUACCAUCAAGAGCAUAUCAAACAUGUGGUAGACAGUGUAGCGAGAAGCUGAAGCCCACGUUAGCCAAUCAGAAUCCUGCAUAGCAGCAACAACAACAACGUCCCUUCCUUCUUUCCUGCGCACAAUCUGCCGUGGGCUAUCCAAAUCUACGCUUUCCUCUGUUUUUCUCAGUUUACAUGCAAACGUGCAAACUGAGUUUUCCAAAAUCUCCACACCGGCCGGAGUUUUCAAAAAGGGGCGAAUUCUCUGUUUGUGUUCUAAACAAGGGUUGCAAACGAUGGUUAAUUAUGGUGAACAGUUUUUAAAGAAUAACUGGGAAUGUACAAACAGGACUUGAGUCUGCAGCCCAAUGGACAGGGAGCAGGUCAGUGGUAGAUCACACCAACUAUUCUGUUGUCUAAGCCACCUGACAUUAUGGAAACCAAAAAUCCUAUUCAAAAAAUUAAGAAGUACAACCCCACUUUCAAUGAAGUUAAAACUUUUUGUUGAAUAUGAUGAAAAACAGAAUGAUGAUUUGAAAAUCUUUUUCAACCUAUAUUCAAUUGAAUACUUUACAAAGACAUGAUGUUCAAUAUUAAAACUGAUAAACUUCAUUGUUUUUUUGGCAAAUAUUCACUCAUAUUCACUCAAAAAAGUUGGGACAAGAUCAACAAAAGUCUGGGAAAAUUUAGAAAUGUUUCAAAAAGUUCUGUUUGGAUCUUUCCACAGGUGAACAGAUUCACUGGAAUUAGGUGAGGGUCAUGAGUGGGUAUAAAAGGCACACCCCUGAAAGGCUCAGUCCUUUACAAGCAAGGAUAGGGCCUGGUUCACCACCUUGUCAACAACCGUGUGGGCAAAUAGUCCAACAGUUUAAGAAAAACACUUGUUUACGAUUUAGAGGUAAGCAGCAAGGCAAACCAACAUUGAAUGCCCGUGACCUUUGACCCCUCCAGGUAGCACCCCCACCCCCUAUCAUUCUAUAAAGGAUUUUACUGUGUAGGCUUAGCAACACUUAAGAAAGCCAGCCAGUUAACACAGUUCAUCUCUACAUCUACAUGAAGUCCAAAAUACCAGAGCAGAAACCGGACUGUUGAGCAACUGUAGUCAUACAUCAGGUAAGAAUAGGGAGGAAUUCACCUCUAAAACUAUAACAAUUCGUGUCCUCACUUCUCAAUUGCUUAUUGAGUGUUGUUCAAAGGAAAAGUGAUGUAACAGCGGUAAAAAUAUAGGAACGUGCUGCAGGCAUCAAAUUCAAAAUGAGUAAAUAUUUGCAAAAAAAAACGAUAAACUUUAUCAGUCUGACUAUUAAAAAUCCUGUCUUUGUAGUGUAUUCAAUUGAAUCCCUACUUCAUAGGGAUUGGGGUUGUAUAACAGAAUAAUUUUUUCGCCUGUAGGAAACAGUGUUUGUUAUGCAGCACAGGAAGUAGAGCUAGUUGGAGUGCAGGACAACACCAGUUAAGGUCUGGGUUAUGCUCACACUGUGGGUGUGAAACAUGCAUGAAUGCCUAGAACAAUUUAAGCAUUGGCUAUAGAGCAAACUAGAUGACGCUUUUUGGGAAGGUUUGCAUUUGCAUGUGAUCAACAGGAAAUGUAGCCAACAUGAGGACAUGGUUUGCUUGGCUCUCGUGUGGAGCAGGUGGGGCAGACUGGUGGCCCAGCAGUGAUUCAAUGGGGACUAUAAAGGCCAUAUGCAGGACAGCUCACCACCCCUCACAGCGUCUGUGCUUAGACUGGGCUGCAACACAUAUGUACUCUCUCCAGUCUGUAGGGUUGGAGUGUGUUCUUAAAGCACACUCUUUUUUUUCUGCACCAAAAAAAUUGCCUCUUAUAGACAGAGACAACCCUUUCUUUUCUUUAUCUUGUAUGAAAACUUUGUAACCACUACACCAUUUUCAGUCUGCUAAAUUGACGAGGAUUAGUACAAGCCACACACUUGGUGGUUCCAACAUCUGUUUACCUACACAGCAAGAAAUGCAGCUGGUCCACUCUACUGUAAUUUGUAAAGCAGCUACAAAUGCAAUACAAGCUGGCUUCUCUUGCUAAGUACUCAAAAGCACACAAGCAGUGACACCAUCCUAAUUUUCAUGAAUAUUCUGUCAGGAAAGAUUACGCAUCCCUCAUCCUGCUGGGUAUUCUCCCCUGAGAGGACAGCUUGCAAAGGCAGUGGAAGGUAUAUCAGAAUAGACUGUAUUAUAGCUAUACAAGGAGACUGUGGUGUUCUAUGUCUAAGGCGAGGUGGAAACAAGGGAUCAGUGACCUCCCUGUGUCAAAGUUGUUGUGUUACCCCGAUUUUUAAGACUGACUGUUCAUCUAGCUGGAGCUUCUUUUUUUGCAGCCAAAGCUUUACAGUAAUGCUAAAAUAUGAAGGGAGCUGCUAUUCUCAAUUAUGACUUAAUCAAGGAAUUAACCUACCCUAACUGCAUGCUUUGCAUAUUUAUGCCUGCAGCUUUUUUGUACAGGGCAUCUGUCAAGUUGUUUCAGAUCUAAUUAAUGACUUUGUAGCAAUUUACUGAUGGCUCAUUUGCGCACUGCUACCUCUGCCCACAGGUCGUUAUGUAAGCUAACAGCUACAGUAACUUUCACCCCUGAGUUUUAUUUAUCCUGGGUAGUUAAUUCUAGUUAUUUGUACGAGCAGAGAUGAUUCUCUCUGUGGAAAUUUCCUGAAUGUUCUGCAUGAGUGAUUGGAGCCCCCCCACCCCCCUCACCCCUACUAGCCUUGAAACGUAUUCAGCUCACCGUAGUGAAGGAGAGUGUGGCUGUCGGAUCAAGGUACUGUACUUUAGGCAGUUUUCCAAAAUCUUGUCUGCUACACAUGCAUACUAAUGAGCCUUCUGUCUGAAAGUUUUCUUUAAAAAAAAAUCUUUCUGCUUCUUUCUUACUUAAAAACAUACUGCAGCAGAGCUAUGCUUUGCCUAAAUUUUAGAAUAAUAAAACAGACAAACGAACAAACCAAAAGUGGAUGGAAAAACUAAAAUAGUGUGUCAUCAUUAGGGCUUGGUGAUAAACCAAAAAUUUACCGAUACCAAUAUCUACAUCAGUAACAGACGUCAUUUUGCCCAUAACGGUAUACUCGGUGUCAAAUAAAUAAAUAAAUAAAUAAAAGUUGGUUUUGGAUGUGUGUAGGUAGGUUAUGGUCUCAUGUCCCUAUAAGAUGCUGUCCUACGUCGGAGACGUGACUCAACUCCAUCCAGUCUGUAACAAAGAGGGAAAGACAGGUGAGGAGAUGGAGGAGGGUUCAAAAGUUGUAGCUGCUGGAGAUGGUUUAAGUUGACUAAAUUAAUGUGGGAGGGUCUGGAACAGCCUGUGGAGUAGUUAUUGUCCAUUUAUCGUUAUGGAGGUGAACUGCUCAAUAUAUCGUGAUAUUGAUUUGAGGCCAUAUUGCCCAGCCCUAUUCAUCAUGUCUCUUGUGCUUACUUUUAGUGUACUACCACUAAAUCUUAAAGAGUAAUAAAGAAUUUUAGGACAGAUCAACUGAGAAAUUAAAGUGAACAUAAUAUUUAUUUUACUUUUGAGAUAACAGUAAAAAUCUCGCCUGAGAGUAUUUAUUGUUGACAUCUGCUCAUUGUUUACUCGGCAGAGCAAGCAGUGCCAUUGUUAUUAAAGCUGGUCCAUGUUUUUUUUUUUCACCAUUAGAUCUUGUAUCAAAUGUAUAUGACCAUCGGUUAUUACUGAACACUACUCAUAUUGCGUGAAAAUAUGCAAUCACUCGUUCAUAAAUUAUUAUCAUUUUUUAGGAUUCAUAAUGUGUGUCAAAUCAGACCAAUCGUCUGUAUGGUUUAAAUGCCAAUCAAGUUGAAUUUAUGGAAAUUACAUGCAUGUUGAAAUUAUACAGUUGAAUGAGGGCUGUGAAGUAUUCCAGCGUGACCUUUCACUCACCACAAAUAGCGUAUGAGACUCAACAAUGCAACCCCCUCACCCCAUACAUGCAUUGGCGCUGAAUAGAAGACAGUAUUGAACCAUGGCUGAUAACGUUUCCAAAGAGGGCCUAUCAUGCUCAUUCCCAGCUUUUAAUUCUAAUUCUGGGAUUCCUCUUGAGUAGCUUUGCACGUUUCAGAGGUCAUUAAAAUUCUCUGUGCACUUCUUUAGUGAAGCCUCUCUCUGAAACAAGCCAUUUUUAUUUCCUUUCUCUGUAUCCUAAAAGUGCACUGUCUUCUGAUUGGCUGGCUUUCUGCAAGAAUGUCCAAGACAAGAGGAAGUCAAGCAUGAUCUUGAUUCAUUGAGGUUAAUUUUUGUAAAACUUACAAAAAAUAAAUCAUUGACAUCAUCACAGUUUAUGAGUGUCUGGGGCUGUGCGGGAAUUUGCAGCAGAACUGAGCAGUAUUUAGAUGGCUUCAAGUAAAGCCGGAAGAAAUAAACACUAUCGACAUAUGUGCCAGACAAGCUGUUCUUAUUGGACUGAGUAUGCACCAUCUUUAAAAAUGGUAUUCAGCUCUUAAGAUUAUGUCAAUGGCAGCAACUGAGUGGGUUGAAAAACUGAGCCAACCAUGAAUGCCAUCCUACAAGAUCAACUUGAGGGUGGCUCCUCGUUUGAGUUCAAUUUCCGGCAUAAUGACUGGCCAGAUUUGCUCCAACUUGAAGUCAACUUAUCCAAAAAAAGAACUCACUCACAACCAAUACUGCUAGAAAUGAUUACACACCAAGUUUUUGUAUCUGAAAAACAAACUUUUUUCCCAAAAUUUCCAAAAAUGUGCUCACAGUGUCUCAAUGCAAGCUGAAAUCCCUAUCAUUUUAAACCUGAGGUCUUAUGUGCGCAACACAAAACAGGGCCAGGGAGAGGUGUACACAACAUCCUACGCAAAAUCUGUGACAUGCAGAGGCAAACCUGAUGAGCAAACUGACCCCUGGACAGGUUGUCUAUCACAGCCAGUCUAACAUGAAGAGACAAAUUCAUGCACACAAUCACACCUACGGGCAAUUUAGUCACCAAUUAACUUAAUUAACAAGAAUCUCUUUGGACUGUGGGAGGAAGCCGGAGUACUCAGAGAGGGAGCCCACACAUGCACAGGGAAAACAUACAAAUGCCACCCAGAAAAGCACCUGCACAGCCAGGGAUUCGGACGAGAAACUGUGAAGCUAACCACUGCAGCCCAUAAACUAGAUUAAUUACUCAACUAAAGGCACAAAGUGAAUAAAAACUACCCCCUUAUUUUUAUCCCUUACAAUCAGUACUCAUUCUCUUUUUGUUGGUGGCUCUUGUUCAGCAACCAAAUAAGCCUACCAUACACCACACAGUAGGCUUACUCAGGUCCAAUAUGAUUAUUUUAUCUGUUGGACCCAGAGUUUGCUCAGAUAUUCACAUGGAGGUUUUGUCUGUCCUUUGCUUUUGUUUUGUUUAAAGUCAAUUUCUUCUCUGUAUUGACUGUGCUUUUCUUAGCUAGAAUAACCAGAAAGGGUUAUUGUCCCCGUAUCAUAGCAAUAUUAAUUAUAACCACUGCACGGCAUGACUCAUAGGCCCAUAGCCUAUCUGUGUGCUUGCAUUGUUAGGCUUAAUAUGCAUUCGAUUCACAGGUUAUUGUUAAGGGAUGAUAAUUUCAUAGAAACAGUAAAGCCAGAUCAUUAAACAGUGUGAGCUGACUGUACUAAAGCUAUUAAACUCUGCAUUUCAUCUCACCAAACAGUCCUUCAGCGCUUAAUCCUUAAUUGUACUACAUUACUCCAUAAAAGCAGCUGGAAAAGUUGAGACAAGCAUCUCUAACACCAGUGGAUGUAUUAUUAUUUCAUUCUCUGGGCUUCCUUCCAAAGCAGCAAGCAAUAGAGAGAAGCUUCUCUUUGAUUUCACACCAAGCCCUCGGACAACAACGGCUCUGCAGUAGCAGCAGCAGCAGCAGCAGUCCAGCCCUUCGGCUUUCAUCCCCUCACAGAACCUUGUAACAAAUUUCCAACUGGCAGCAGCAUGAGCCUGUCGUCUUGAAGCCUUUGUGAUCGGGUUUAUUUGCUCUCUCACAUAAUAAAAGAAGAGCAUGAAGAUGGAUGUCAAGAUUUAACCCAGGUGGUUAGUUUAAAUAAAUCUGUAAUCUUGUUUAUCUGCAACAAUCCACACUAGAUUUAAUUGAACUGUGGUUUAUAGUUUAGCCACCUUGGUUUCAUUCACAAAAGUUUAUCCUGUCUUUGCAUUGUAAAAUCAAACCCUUCUCUACAGUAUGCUUGUUUUUGCUGACUCACUUGUACAACUGAAUGGCAGAUUUUACUCCACAGGUGCUUUAAGUUUUUCCGGUUAGUCACAGGGUUGAGACAGCAGCUCUGAAGUGCUGAGUUGAAUUUAAACUCCUCUUUCAGGCCUAACAUUGUUGGUCUGACUUGAAUGUAGAGAUCUCUCAGUCAUAGAUUUUUGGCUUUCUAUUUCUUUUCUUCAGCAUGGUAAAAUGAAGUGAAGCAUCAUUAUAUUUUAAAAGACACAUUUUCAAGAAUUUUGCUAAAAAGUCUAGCCUUUGUAUCGCUCUAUUCCUUUCAGAUUUUUUUUCCUUUCCCAAACAGACAUCACAUAAAAUGAUUCAAUUCUGCAAAUCCCUACAUCUCCAUAAGGCAUGCUUUUUAAAGCAUGCAUUCAUCUUGGUUCAUUCAGUUUCAGCUGUGGUGUACUUCAGACAAAACGCUCCAGAUUUGACUUUUUUCUUUAGACUCCGGCUGUGGGUGCAGCACCCUCACCCAUCAAAGACAUUUUCAUGCUCUGAAUGAUCUAUUUCCAGUUCAGUGAAAUGAUAAUACAAGAUGCCUCCUGAUGCAGGAUAGAGCUGUUAAACUGAAUAAGAAGAGGGCAUAAAAAGAUGGAGCUAGCACACAAUUCCCCUCGCAGAUACAGCAGAAACCAACGAGAGCAUCAACACUAUCUAUUUAUUUUACCAAGAGGGGAGAGAAAAAGCACAACAGUGUGAGAGCACAAGGGGAGGCACAAGCUGGAAAUACUAAUACUUUACUGGAUGGAUUGUUCAGAUCUGUCUUUUCUGGAUAAUGAAUCCUUGUUGCAAUGAAUAGCAGUUCCAAUGUGCAACGUGGAUCCAACCCACUUUGGUCUAAAGUAAUUAGUAUCUUGAACUCUGCCCAAAGGCAAGGUCCACCAAGAUUCAGUAUGUUUGAGUAAGGUGAUGCCCGGAUUUCUCUUCCUGUAGGCUGCGACUCUUGAGGCAACACUUUACAUCAAGGUUAAAAAAAAUGUUUAUACUCACCAGGGUAAUAAAUGAGAAACUACAUUUGUAAUUGGGCUGCAUAACUCUUUAUUAAAGUUAAUGAAAAUGUCAGAAAGAAACUGUUUACUUACCAGUUCCUACAUGGUCUCCGUAGUGCAUGUUUUUUGAUUAAGUCUAAUCAACGUGCAAAACGGCUUUGAACAAGCUUCAAAUUCAAGUGCUGAAAUUUGAGGGUUUUUCUCUUUACUGUUUGCAGAAGUGUGACAGCUGAGAUUUAUGAGAGCAGAUUCAGGAAGUGGAUUAGAUCAGAUUCAGGUAAUUUCUGCUGUCGGUGGAGACUUGUGUUCAGGCAGAGUACCAGGAGGAGUGUUUUGCUGCAGCUAAUGGGAUUUUGCAUCUUCCCCAAAAGACGAGUGAAAGAAAAAGUCCUGAAACUGCAGCACACACAAAACUGGUGAUAGGUAAUACACCGCUGAUGUGAUAGGAGGCAGCAGGUUGUUGAGUCUACAGAAGAGUGAGGUUUGCCAUAGGGUAGGAGUGCUUACCCUCAAAUUCUAUCAAUGUCUUCCUGAUAGUUUUAUUAAUGGGCUUCCUUGAAGAUGCUGCUCAUAACUGUCUUUUGUGCUGUCAAUUUCCCAGUCAGCAUUUUGAGAGGACUUUCAAUUAGUGUGGGUUCGACAUUAAAACGGAGUCUGCUUUAUUUAUCCCUUCCUUCAGAUGAUAAUAUUUCACGUAUGUCGAUUUUAUGUGUGGCAAUUAAAGUUGCUGUUCACUGAUGCAGCACAGAGCGACCGAGAGCUAAUGAGAUUGGCAAGUCUUCUGUAUAAGAGAGGGAAAGCUGAACCAUUUGGAUCUUCUCGUGUAAACAAGAAACCUGCUAGUUCAGGAGACACUAUGUGACAAAUACAGCAACCCUAAACAGACAGAAGAGCUGCAUUUUAAUCGCCAUGUCAGUUUGACUUCGUAUUUAACUACAUUUUUAUACCUGCCCGGUCUGAGCCUUAUUAGCUUCAUUAUUAACUAUUUUCACCAUGUAACUCAAGUUAUGUUCUUCUUUACAGCUCAUCUUCAGAUAGUUUCUUGAGUCUGGCGCCUAGAACGUCAAAACAGAUGAAAAAUGAGACAGUGUGAAAGGGAUAUUUCGGGGUAAAAUUAAUUUAUGGUCAAACACACCGUAGCAACGAGUUAGACACCCCCUCGAGAGAUGAAUGUUGCCGACCGCUUGCCUCUCUAGUUACACCAACUUCAGCAAAGACCGCACGAUAGCAAUACACAGCGGUCUACGUCUUCAUGUGCAAACCUCAACCAACACGCAAGUCUAUAGCCACAAAUAAUGCUCAGAACAGCACCUAACUUCAUCAACAGUACAUAUAGGGUCUCAGCCAUAGUACAAGUCACCAAACAGAUUUUAAGCUUUGCCUGAUUUCUUUAGCAAAGAGACCAAAUACAACUCACCCACUCUUCUCCAGCAGCCGCUUGUUUGUGGGGGGAGUCCCGACGAGUCAAUCACAGAGUGCAGCGGAUCAUUUCCUUGAAGUAAUUAUCAUCAGAAUAAUCAUUUUGCACUGCAGACGCGCUAGUUCUUCUGCCUUACUGUCUCGGUUUGAUUGCAUUUCCGUGAAGUAAUAGUCAUAAAUGUUCUUCCUUGAGCUGCGAAACUCCACUGCACUUGGUGAUCGACCUGUCAGGGCUCCCUCCCGCAAACAAGCGGCUGCUGUAGGAGAGUGGAUGAGUUGUGUUUGGUCUCUUUGCUUAAGUUGGUGAAACUAGAGAAGCAAGCAGUCUGCAACAUUUAUCUCUCAAGGGGGUGUCUAAUGCGGUGUUACGGUGUGGUUGACCAUCAGUUAUAUUUACAGCGCAAUAUUCCUUUAAGUGCCAACCUCUGGUCUUGUUGGAUAACACUUUUAAAAAGUGAAGCUGAUGCAAAAGUGCAAAAAACUGAAGUUCCUUUAGUGUCCACUUGAGGCUGGCUGCAAAAGCACUUCAAGCCACAUACACACCCAUUCUCAAAAGUGUAUCUUAUUCAUAAAGAUAAACAUAAGCAGCACAAACUGCACUUGUAUUUAUUGUUUAUAAUGAUUUGAUUUAAACUGAUAGAGGGAGGGCAGUAAACAUAAACAUCAGCUCUGACAUGUGGAGGAGGAAGAGCACUUUGGUCAGUGAGCCUGCUGUUGCUCUUCAGUGCCAGAGCUGAACAGACAGAGAAGUUUUCAGUCACAAAUCUACUGCACUAAUUUCUUUCACUGGCAAAAAACAGUGUAAGAACAGUAAGGCAAAAACAAUGUCUGACCUUCUUGACUUUUAAAUGCAGCUGUUAUUGACGCAUCCCUUCACUUUAAUUAAUCCACAAAGCUUCACAUCCUGCCUGUGUUUUGUUGUUUUGGUGCUCUGUAUUGGACAUGGUUCGCUGUGCUCUGUGUUCAUAGCAGCAUGAGAAAACCAGUUAUUUUUGUUGUGUUCAUCCAAUGUUUGCUGUCCUGAGAUGUGUGUAGGUGGGGGGGAAUUCGAAACAUUUCACAAGAUGUCUUGGCUUUUUUCAGUCGUAAGGCAAUUUUGGCACCCCAUCACCUCUCUUCUGCUCCAUACUCUCAUCCAAAUACAGUCAGUCUUGGCUCAAGAAAACCAACAUGGCUAUCAGCCAUUUUUUUUAACUUAAGAUAUCAUAACUGCAGUGUACAGACGAAUACAUGACGUAACAGUGUCUACUUCACCUGUUAUUCUGUAUCACAAAGCUUUUCAGUUAUGAGAGGCUACAUUUUCAUGAACUUUUUAACUCCCAAAUCAUCAGUUUAUUGAUUUUACAUAACAUACUGUGAUAAAACAGUUUAGGAACGAAAAAAGGGGACUCUUCCUGGGGAACAGUCCCACCUUUUAUUUAAAAGGUCUUUUGCGAGCGUUUUCCUCCUUCCUUUAUUGCUUGGGAAAGCAAAGCAGAGCAAGGAAAUAUAAGGUGGUGUGGGAGGGACUCACAUGCAGGAAAGACUGAGGGUGAGCAUUGUAACAAUGUCCCUGCAGGACAUUGGGCGCAAGAUCUAUUACGAUUGGCUAAGUCACCAGUGGUAUAGUAACAGAUGCCCCACACAAAGUGAGUUGCAGACUGUAAAGGUUGUUUCCACUUUUUUCUAGCAGACUGGCCUUACUAAACUGAGGGAUGGCAUCUCAGGUCAGAGUGGGUUAGUUUACUCUAACCCACUCUGACCCUUCCUUGACCUAUCUUCCUAAUUCAUUCCUUAAUAAUGCAUGUGAAAUUAGUGCAUGAGUAUGUGGUCGUUCUACUUAAUGUUGUGAUUCACCACGCUCACACAAACACUUUCCUGCAUCUGACUAAAAAAUGAUAUAAAGGCACAAGAGGUUUGACAGCAGAGACAUGUUUUGGCUAUAAUUAGAAACUGUGGCUGUAGCCAUAGUAAAUAGGAAAAGACACAUGUUCCCAGUUAUGUGGGUUGCAAGGAUUUGCACUGUAAUGCACACAAGCUUUUAUGAAUUCAGAUCUGCUCUUAUGUCUUUGCUCACACACACACUCCCUGAGGGAGAAUUGUCUGUAACGGUUUCAUCGAAAACAAGCUGUUGUUCUCACACACUCUCUCUACAUGGAGAGCAGUUCAAAGCCAUCUUACCUGAAGAGUAAAAUGAUGCAAAAAUAGGCUGUCCAGGUCAUACUGAAGCCUCCUCAGGCAUUCAUAGAGUACAGACAUGGCUGGAUUACAUUGAAAAUACAUCAAGCGAGGAAUCUCAGCAGGAUUCAGUUGAACUAUUUAGAUUUUAGACAUUUUUUUAUACAAAAUGCUUAGACUAUUUUAGAUGACACAAAUGUCUAUGUUUGUGCUUGAGGUUGUAGCAUUUAGUUAGAUAAUGAAUUCACCUCAGUGAAACAGCACAACAUAAAAAUUAACCAGUGUGUGCAACAGCUUACACACUUCCUGUCUGAAUCUGUGUAUUUUGGAAAAAAGACAAAAAUCUCUGUGAAAUUAAUGCAAUUUCCUCUGCCACAUUGAGUUUGUUUAGUCUUGCAGAUGUAGGGUUAAAACAGGAACUUCAAAUGAGCAUAGUAGUUAGCCUCUACCAUGACAAAAGAAAUGUUAGCAGUAACAUGGAGAAUGUAUGUGUUGUCGUACGCAGAAGUUUGGUAUUGUCAGCUGAGAAAUAAGGAACUACUGUCAAGACAUUGUGAAUUAGUAUCAAAGAUGACAGCUCUUAAGUAACUGUCCCAGAGGUAUGUUGGCAGUCUUCCAUAAAGUAGGCAGUGACAUUGCACCAGUCACAUCAACUCCUGGUACUUCAUGGAAAAGUGGAGAAACGUAAGGAUUUUCUCAAGCUCACUCGGUAGCUAAAGAAGCAAGAGAUGUGCCAUGUGCAAGGCUGAAGCAAACAUCAGCAAGCAGUGCUGUGCACUGAACUGGGGUUGGUGGAAAGCUUAGGAGACAAGGCCUGUAACUAGCACAGCGGUGCCAGAGCUGACAUGCCUCUGCCUGUAGCACACUGUUGUGGAAGUACCCUGGGACACAGCGAUUCCUCGAUACCAGAAAGACAUGAACUGCAGGCCCAAUGAGACUCAGUAUAGAAAGGGAAGCUGUCAGUCAUGAAUAAAUAAUUUGGUUGUGUUUACACUCACUUUUAUUAUAAACCUUUGCCAUCGUAUUUAUUUUUAUUCCACUCUGCAUCCUGCUAAUUGGCGCACCCUUCUACCUUCAGUUUUCUAUCUGCUCCUCUUGUUGUUGGACUAUCUGCUUCACAUUUCUCUUCUAACCUUGCAAAGGUUAAAAAAGCAAAUCCUAUACGCUGCAUUGCAAGUUUAAUUAGUGUGGUGAAACUCCGCUGAGAUAGUACACACAAACCUUCAUGUCAACAAAUCCGAGGAGCCAUUUCCCAAUACAGUCAGUGUAAAAGACAUAAUUCAUGUGAGGUGCAGUAAUGAGGCAAUGUGAUGAUGUUGCAGAGUGUUAUUUCUUCUUUCCUAAGAAGCUCCUCUGAUAAUACAUCGAUUCACCUCUGAAUUAAUGCAGUUGUAAGGGAUAAUAAGUAGUGAGCAGGCGGUUAUGUAAAUGAGAAUCCCCGCAGGAUGAACAUGACUUACACACAAAACCACCUGCUCACUAUACAUCACCCAGCUCAUUACCCAGCUACCAACCAAAGACAUUAACAAGUUGACACAGAACAAUAACUUGAAGAUUACUUUAUUGAUAUAGAAAUCAUUUAUUGAGGUUGAGGCUUUAUAAUUCCCUUUUAAAUUGAGAUGGGUCUCUUAUGCUCUCAGAAAAUCACUCACUAUUUCAUCACUAAACUGAACUGGACCUACCUGGUAUGUGAGAUUGAAACAUUACAAAAAUGUAGAUUUUAACUGCAGUCUAUGAAUUAUUUAAAGUUGUAUUACUGUCCACAGUCUCCACGUGAUUAGAGUUUUAAAGCAGAUUUUUUAAAAAGUAAAUAUGGACCUAUUUUCUUGCUUUCUAUCAUCUUUCAGUCCUUAUGUUUGCUUCCAGUAUGACAGUUUUGCCUCUACUUUAAGGCGUAACUCUUUUCCGUUCUAUUAGAUCGCAGUAUCUUCACACAGAUCUAUGUUGACCUUAUAUUCUCCUUUAAGCUGAAGACAAAGCGCUGUCACUUUCUUGGGCAUUACUGGAGGAUCAGCAGGGAUGAUAGGAAAUGAAUAUCAAAGAUGUUUAUUUCCCAAUGGCUGUUGCCUGUCCUGGUGGAGCCGCGGCUAUAACCAAUCCCCUGGAGAUGAGGGAAAGACUGAGCGACACAGGGAGGGAGAAAAGGUAUUUCAGAUGGCUGAGAUAAGCCCUGUCAAAACAGAAUUACUAGUUUGCCAUGAACAUUCAGAUGAUUGGGAUGUGCUCAGGGGAACUGAGGCAGAACAGUACACUGGGAACAUGUUAUCUUCACAUUUAAAGUUGAAAGAUUUCACCAUCUAAUAAGGUCUUUUCCUUCUAAAAGUCUCCCUAAAAACCAGUCUUUAGAUUUGAUAUCAAAACAGCAGUUAGUGGGAUUUUAUUUGUGUUUGCUUGCUUGGCAAAGAACCUGCCAGACUCCUUCCCCAAGGUGGAUUUAAAGUGAUGUUAUGUAAAGUUCAGUCAAGCAGACAGCUUAAUCAGCUGUUUCAUCUGCAAUGUCUUCAUUCAGUAGUACAGCCUCAUUGUUAGCUAAUCACCUCUGCUUCUUUCAAAAUGCAGCUCCUUCUCCGCCUUCUAUUCUUUCAAUCUGUUUAUAUGUGCGUGCGCUCCACCUCCCUAUCUCCACCUGGUCCCUGCAGAAUCAUUAGUCUCCAUUUGUCAUCUAUUCAUUCCUGGCAAGUCAUCAGCCUCCAUCGCCAGUGUCUGGACUCCAUGCUGCUUAGAUCAGUCAUCCUUCAGUCUCAAAAUCUCAAACACCAAAGACCUUCCUCCAAACCACAUUACUUGGAUAAUUGUCAUAAUAAAUAACCUGUCAGUCUUUGCCCUGUUUUUCCUGAUUAAAAUAUGAUAUGUGUGAUCUGAAUGCCAUUACUAUCCAGAUGUAAUUACUGUUGUAGUGAGGUUUUGACUGAUCAGAAUGAAGUACUUGUGAUCAGUACGACAGCCUGACAGCAAUUUCAAACAGCACAUACUUUCUUGGGGAAUUUUUCCUCACCGAGCGCAGUGAUUGGUUGGGCCACCAAAGUGAGUAGAGAGCAUCACUAAAAUAGGCUGCAGCUCACAUUUGUCAAGUGACUCAUUGUUUUUCCUAUCUCUUCUAUUCCCUGUGAAAUUUCUUAUACAGCCAAAGAGUGUUAAUGGUGGGCACAGCUAACCACACACAGACAAUACUGUUAAAAUUUUAGGUCUGAACUAAAAGAAAAAAAACUGCAAUUACUGUUUAUCAUCAUAGGUGCAAGAAAAACAACAACAAAACAUAACCCAAAGACGGUAAUCUAAAAUGAAAUCCUUGACUGCAGACUUACAACUUACACUGAGAAUGAGUAGGAGAAAUCCCCUGGUCUUUGUAAACAAAUCUUUGAAAGCUGACCCCUCCCACACAACCAGAUUACUGAGACAGAGGGCAGCUUUAGUUUAGUCUGGUUAAUAAUAUAAUGAAUGAAACCUGAUGGGUGUCAGCAAAAGCAAAGCAGUGAAUCGAGGAAAAAUGCCUUCUUGUUUUUCUCCACUCUGAAGUGCCAAUAAUCGUGAAUACUCCUCAACAACAAACUGCAGAUUCAAGAUUAAGUAUGAGUCCAGUCCCAGCAGAGAUUCAGUGAUGUUUCCUAACAUGUGAGUUAUGAUUACCUGAGGGCUUCAACUGACACCCACUGAUGUCCCAAAAGCAACACUGUAAACAAACAUUUACACAUCAAAUUAGGGAAAAUAGAUUUGCAGAGGUGCUGGAAGCUGGUCAUAGUUGGGAGUACUGAGGGAAGUUAGUCUACAUGAUGACUUCAUACUUUGAGCUGCGCUAAUCUAUAUUUUAUAAAGUAGUUUACAGUUGGAGCACAUUUCAUACCUUAUUAGUGUCAAUAGAAGCACAUACAGGUUGAAGAGCAUUUGACACCUCAAUAGACAACAAGAUUAACUCUGUAAGUUCAUGCAAAUACAUUGUAAAAAAAACAACAGUAUUUUUUACAGAGAAAAACGGGCGACCAGGUUGUCAUAACUUUACCACAAUAACCACAGAUCAACCAUUUUUGCUGUUACAGUGAAGGGAGAUCAGGACUGUGAAUUUAACAGUCAAAAUUUAAGAUUAAUUUUGUCACAUACCAUAAAAUGAUAAUUUUACAGUUAAUUUAUCAACAAAUGACAUCAAGUAGUAACACUACUGUAAUUUUUUCUUGCAUUGUUGUGUUGAAUUUUACAGCAUUUUUCUGUUUAUAUCAGUUUAUACAAUUGACUGUCAUUUAGUAAAAUUCUGACUGAACAGCAUUUACAUUUGCUGGUCAUUAUGUUUACAGCAUUUUUCUAUUUUUAUUACAGUGCUAGAGUGUUUUUACUGUCAAAAAUGUGAAUUUUACAGUUUAGCUGAGAAAUUAGUCAAAGGAAGUUCACCACUACAAAAAGUGUUAUGACCUUUUCAGAGUUAACAGUCUUUUACCGUUUUUAUAAAGCAUUCGGCUUAUAGUAUAUUAUAUUAGCUUACAACAAACAGAGAAGUGGGGACACAUCCAGGGGACAAGCAGACAUUUAUGCAUGCACAAUGAAGGUUUUUGUAUUGAACAGAGUCCCUGAGGCCCCAGUGACACUGGAGUCUCUGUGAAAUGAUGUUGAAAUGCUUUAAACUUUUAACUUUACAACAGAAAAUAAUGAUCAAAUGUUUUGUAUUUCAUCUCUCAACUUCUUUUUGAAGUAUGUGCAGCUGUUUUACUCAGUUUACUCAAGAAAUGCAGCUCUGGCUGAAUUAAAAUCUCUCUGCUGCUCUGCCUGAUCAAGAUGAUCAAACAUCCUUGACGACUUUGCUUCGAGUGAAAAACCUCUCUGAAACACCUUAAAGUGUCUGCUGUAAGAUGAAAAGCCCUCACCUGCUGUGAACUCUUUCACUUUGUAGGAAGUAUUGAAACAAUUUACAGACAACUUAGAGUAAACUAAUGAAAAACAAACUACCACACAAACACAAACAGCUUUCCUCCUCUACAUGUCCCAUACAAUGAUUGGUCAGUCUAGUGGUGCGUGCCCUGAACUGUUAAACCAGAAUUGACAUUUUACUUGUUCAGAGGUGCACUAAUACUGCUAGUAGCUUCUUUGCAUUUCAACAUGAAGCAUUUCUUUUGUUGGUGCUUUAAUUAGUGACUUUGGUCAAUCCUCUUCUUUUUGUGUCCUUAUGAAACCAGGAUCAGUAAAUUCAAAUUAUGCCACUCCUUUGAAUUACCUUUUAGAAGUAAAAUUCAUAAAUAUUUUGGUUCUUUUUUAUAGUAGAAGUUUAAGGACAUGUGAUUAGUGGAGAUAAGUGAAGAUUGGGGGAAGACCCAAAUGUUUAUCUUGCCUGGCAACCCCCACAAAAGACGGUGCCCCAGUUUGGUUCCACUGGUCAAAAUGUUCUGGCAUUUGCAUCGUUUUGGAGCUGCUUACUGACAAUAAAAGCUGCAUAGGUCACUCCGCUGUAACACCUUUGAAAGAAUAAUAUCUGGCUGUUUACAUUCAUCAGCUAGUCACUAUCUGAACUGGUGCUUUGCAUGUGGCUGUUUCAUAUAACUUUAUUCUUCAGCUCAAACCAGCAACCUUUAUUUUUUUCUUUUAAUAAACAGUAAUUGCAGUAUUUCAGUAAUUCAACCCUCUAUGACAAUAUUUGACUUAAACCAGACACCAUAUUUUUAUUAGAUAAACCUUACAGUCUUUGUGUGAGGAUGAUAAAUCAGUUAGACACUUUAUUAUUUCAAAUAGGUAGUUUUUGUUGUUGUUGUUGUUUUAUUUAAUGUCUUCAUUAUUCCGUACAUUUAAGGAUUGUCUAGUAACUGAUGUUCGUCCAUCAAAAAUAAAAUGUAAUGAAUGCAGCAUAUUUUAUUUGAUCUUUUUUCUAUCAGGCUCAAGGGACUGUGGUCUGCAUAAAAUAUAGUUUGUACAUAACUGUUGGGAGUCAGCACUACUUAGUUUCACCUCAGUAAAUCUGUAAUAGCCUACAGUCAGCACGAGUGUGAUGCAUGGGGUCUGAUCUUUACUGUGCAUCCUUAUUAAGAUGCGGCUGAGCCAGAGGGGGAGUACAGAAGGAGGGGUGAAAGAAGGACAGAGUUGAAAACUAAACAGCAAAUGAAAGAUUUCAAAAAUAAAAAAGGGAAAAACCUCCCUGUCUCUGCAAUGCUGCAAACAGGCUUACCAUACCUUCCUUAAGUGAAAGCCCAAUAUCAUACUGCUGUAGGUACAACAAUUCCCUUUGCUGCUGUGGAAACAUAUUGACACUCUACACACGCUGGUGACUGUAAGUGUUUCAUUCUGUCUAAUACUAACAUUUGCCAAGACAAAAAAGCUUUGAGAGAUUCUUAUCUAUUUUUAUAGAAAACAACAAGUGGAUGAAAACCACAAGAGGCAGCAAAUGGGCCCUCAAGUGUUUGUGUAUGCUGAGGCAUGUUGCUGCCACAGAUGUGUAGUAAGUAGCUUAUGCUACAGCUGACACUGUAGUUUGUGUUAUUGUCACUGUGAACCAAAUGCACAUGUAGUUUUGUUCAGGCUGAGACAGUGAGCCUGCGUGUCAAAUUUAAAGCAUGUAAAACCUGAGUACAGAAAGUACCUGUGUUGGUCACUUUAACUGUGACCAAGGUCUCAUCUGUAAAGCUAUUCAUGACAGUGCAUUUGUGAACUUCUUACAAAUGUUGGUAGUCAGGGGCUGUGAAAAAAGGCAAAAGCAGGAUAUUUGUAUGCAGGUGCGUUCAGCCCAGGACACUUACAAUACUUCUACCUACCAAUGUUCAUGCAUGAAGGUUGAAACCACUAAAGGGGCUGGUGUUGAAGAUUUCAGAUAAGCUGUUGGACCCAUAAAACACCAAAAUUUUCACCAUGGCUGCUUCAUGUGUGAUUUUUUAUGAAUUUUAGCGCACAUUUGGGUCUCUUAAUAUGGUUCUUAUUUAAAAGGAAGGAGAGAAGGAAGAAAAGAAAGAUACAAAUAUUCCCUGAUUUUUACCAGGAUCCUUACAACACUCCGUAUUUAAGCCUGCUGUGUUAUGACCAAGGUCUUUAUUGCUAUCUAUCUUCUUUUACAUCUUUAUUGCAGAAAAUCCAACCUGGGAGACCUCAGUCACACACUGGGCCAUAAAGCAUCAAAAGCAAUUGAUUGGUGCUCCUGCAGGGCGGAUAGCACUCAUAAUUUGUGGAGAUAAUGCCUGAAUGUUGCUGAUGGUGGUCAGUGUACAUGGACCAUCUAAUUAUCAGAUAAAACCAAUAUCCCAUUUUUGAGCUGCUGCAAAUAUUUCCAUCCAGUUUAAUAUAUAUAUAUAUAUUAUCAAUAGCUGAAGCUGGGCUGAGGGGGAAAAAAAGUUGGGGUUUUUAAGAACAAUUUGCAGUGAUGAAGCUUGUGAUGGGCCCCAUUCACUGAGUGCGCUUACAGCUGCUCACCAACUUCAUUCUUCAUUCUUGGCAGAAUUGCUUACAAAUUGCUGUUUUUUUUUUAUUUAUUACACCUUUUCCUGUCAGAUUUAUUUGCAUUAACAUCUAUUCAAGCAACCAGCCCUGCAGAAUUCUCCUUUCUUCUUUACAGCAUAACUUCACAAAGUCAAAGCAUCUACCACAGAGAGAAGCAGAAUAAAUUGAGAGUGAGAGAUAGGGAGCCAGAAAAGGUCAGCCCCACUUGCUGACUUUACACCAUAGCUCAUAGACUCGAGCCUCAGAUGAGAAAAGGAAGUUCAGAGAGAGUUUUCUCUCUGCGAUUCAAGACAUCUCUCAAAUUAGAUUACGAGUCAGUUCGCAGAGCAACAGCAGACAGAUUGCCCUUCUUACACACGCUGCUAUAUGCCUCAUGCUUGCUGCACUAAUUUACAUGUGGAUAUCCAUCACCCAGGCCGUCAGCACAGAUGGAUCUCAUGCUGCUCUGAAUGUAAAUAUUUUCUACCUUUAAGUCAUCUGGAUUUUUUUUGCUGUGCAAUCAUUUUACAGCACAUUUCUGCUUCACAGUCGAGCGGCUCAACAAACAGGAUAUUCACACUAUCUCAGUCAGGAAGGAUGUUGUGCUGUUGUGUCAGCCCCAGAAAAGAGUGAAUGGAAAGAUUUAAUGGAAAAAUGGAUUAGAUAUACCUUCUUAAGUGACACUAUAGCAUUUUUUUUCAUAGGAGAAUCAGUAACAACUGCCCCACAGACUUCCAAUUCUGUCCAGAAAUCUCAACAAAGCACAGAUAUGUGAGUGUUGUGUGAGCUGUUACGUUUGUAAUAAAUAUUCCCUGUAUUGAAAAUGGAGUUACAGCUGAACUAGAUCUCUUUAUAGUUAGAUGAUAUGAUGAUGCUAACCUGUCAAAAAAGUUUAAAAAUCAUUUGUAAUUUGUACAGAUAUUGAUUGUAAUAAUCAGUGGCAGUAUAAGGCAGCUUUUCAACUCAAAGAGCAGAUGUAGAAAUGAAACAAAAUGCAGAGAAAAUUUGAUUUUAUGUUCAAGAGAAAGAGAGAUGCAGCAGAUGAUGGUACUGUGGCAUCAGAGUCGGCACCUUGUUAAACUUGGGUGUGCUCCUCUUGUACAAAGCCUACGGGUACAGUACCUGUAAGAACCUUAUCCUACUUUCACCCUUGGUGCAGAUUAGUACCCAAGCUUAUAAGUUAUUCAUAUUUUUAUCUUCAAUGGGAACUAUCCGAAGUCCACCUGGUGGUUUUAGUCACUGAAGCAGUGUUCAGGUUGGCUGUCAGUGCCUCUCACUGUCUGCUUCAGUCUGUCAUUCACACUGUUUGACUGAUUCUAUCCUGAACAAGGAGAUGGACAUGUGAUGGGGAUUUGUUUUACUAAUCCUAAAGGAAAAAAGUGGAAAAAAAGCUAACAUCCAACAAGAAGGAGCUAUUUUAGUCCCAUAUAAGUAAAAAAAAAUAAAAUAAAAAAGACUAUGCUACUCAACAGCAACAGGAAAAUAUUGUUCGUCAGCAUUUCAAUGAAUAGCUACCUCUGCCUAAUGACAGUGCCACACUCUGGAUUAUUUCAUGGUUUGCCUGACUCCUAAAAAUUCAACAUUUUAGAAAACUUAGACUUUAGAGAGUAAAACUCCUCUUUGUACAGUUUAAUGUUUUGUUUUUUACCAUCAAAUACCUCCACCGCUCUUACAGACAAGACUCUUUACUAAGUACAAAAUCAGUACAUUUUUUUAUAUUCUGGUGAUAAUAGACAAAUUUAGUAAUAUCAAACUCCACUUCACCAUGUCUGUUCAGCAUUAAGCUAUGCACUGUAUUUCCCCUAAUUUUAAAGAUGUCUAUUUCACAACAACGUCUUGGCUACUAUGGGAACAUGAAUGUUUUGUUGUUAAACUGUCCAAAAAUCUCCAGUUUCCUCCUUUUUGGUUUUCAUGACUGUACGGUACAUAGAGAGAAAAAAGGCCUCAGUCUUCCUGUAAGUUAUAAAAUAACAUCUCCAACUAAGUGGACAAUAAAACCUUUAUGUCUCAGGGAAAGAAAGGGCUGCAAGGCAAGGCAAUUAGGUGUUUUUUAGUGUUGAUGCAGAGUCCAAGUACUUGAACUCCCUUCUGGGUCCUGGGAUGCCGGCUGACUUUUUGAUUGGGAAUCUUUUACUUGUUGCCCCACCGAGGUCUUUGACCAUGUAAGCAGCUGCUUCUUCUGCACCCUGACCUUUACAGCUUGCAGGUUUUUUUCACACAACAAAGCACACUGAUGCUUGUUCAUAAAAUCAAAACACUACAAGACCUCUGCCUCGCUGUGAAGACAUUACCUAUUCCAUGUUUAAAAACUUGCAUGAGUAAGACGCUAGCAGAAAGCCAGGCCUCUGCAGCAGAUCUCUCUCUGGCUCUGCCAGUUAUUAAAGCAGGCUCAUGAAAGGCUUUCUUACACUAUUAGUGAAACAAUCCACUGCAUCACAGAUUCCCUGUUGGCUCUUUAGCCCCUCUGCUUUUGAAAGGCUUCCUCAGCAUUAUUGGAGUAAUUGUUUAUAACUGGGGGAGGGGGAUGUUGCAGCCUAGUCAUCAUCCGGUGUAAUAAUAUGGCACAGUGAGAUGCCAAGUUGAAAAGAAAAAUCAGCUUCCUGGGAUGAUUCAUGAACAGCUUGAUGGAUUUUGUAAAAAAAGGUUUUCCAGUUUUCUCUUUAACUCUCUUCUUCGUCUGUCUUUUUCUGUUUCAGGUCAGAAGCAGCCAUGCCAUUUGGCUGUUUAACAAUUGGAGAAAAGAAGGAUUACCACAGUCCUUCUGAUGUUACAGAUAAAUAUGACCUGGGUCAGAUUGUUAAAUCGUGAGUAUCUCCCUGCCUUCUUUUAGCACAUAAACACCAUCAUAAAGGGACUUUUGAAAUAAUGCUUUAUGUCUCAUCAAGAAACAUCUGUGUCGAUGAUCUUUUCAGGGAGGAAUUCUGUGAGAUAUUCAGAGCAAAGGACAAAACUACAAUGAAAAUGUACACCUGUAAAAAGUUCCUGAAAAAGGACGGCAGGAAGGUCCGCAAGGCUGCAAAAAAUGAGAUCCUUAUCCUGAAGAUGUAAGUAAUGAAUUGAAGUUGAUAUUCCCAAGAGGAGUGUUGCCUCUUCUCACCUUCUUAAGUAGGUUAUUUCAAAGACAGCAGCGUAUUUUUAUAGGAGGCAAACUGUCUCUGUGGCAGUUUCGUGAAAACAAGUCAAGCAAAUCUUAUUUUGUGAUCACACACAGCUUGUGUUUCUAAAAGCUUUGCUCCUCUGGGAAAGACUUCAGUUCCCAGCUCCAGCCCAGACAGGAGUGAUAACAUUUUUCAGAAGCUGAGAAUAACCGCUGGCAAACAAUAACAUGCAAACAGGUGAACAACAUUUGAUUACAGGUUUUUAAGAGACAUCAACACUGAAUAUUAGCAUUUUUGAUAGCUGUGAUGAAUUUUUAAACUAGUGUUAUGACCAGUUUGCCUUUGGAGGAUUGAUUAGAAAGCUGAAGAAAGAGUUAGGAAUAUCCAGAUGAGAGGAACGACUUCAAGCAAAUGAGUCAAACUCAGGGCUGGCUGAUGGUGCUGCAGAGUUUUCUGCAUGGGGCAAAUGCUCUUCUAGUGAAGCUAAACUGGCACUGUGGGAUUAAACUUAAAGACCAUGGCAGAUCCAUUUCUUCUCUGAGUACUUUCUUUUUUAUAAUUCCUUGUAUUUGGAGAAAAGCCUGUGAAUUAGUUUAGACAACUGGAGCAAUACAAAAAUUUAAUUCUUGACAUACUUCAUUCUCAGAGCCACCCAAUCUGGCACUCUGGUUAAGCUCUGCCAUGCUAACUGCAGGCUCUGACCAGGAAUUUUUGAUAUUAUCUCAUCACUCUUUAAUUUCUGCAUGUAAAACUGAGAAGAGUGCAUCAAUAUAACUCCUCUAACUGAAACGUCCUUUAGCUGUCUUAAGAUGAUAAAGUGUAGCCCCAAAAUUGUUGAGGAAAUUGCAGCAUAAAUCCAAGUACCCAAGUUUGCUGUGUGGUUAGAGAGGUUUUUAAUGGUAGCAAGCAGGCAACUGGUGAAUCGACCCAAAGUGAAAGAAUGACAAUCUAAGGGAGUUGACGCUAAACAAUAGCUGUGAUCUUACUUCUAUACCAUUAGAACAAAGACUCUGAGGUGAGCCAAUAGAAUGACAGGCAAAAAUACAAGUUGACCAAUGGGAUGACAGACUAGUAAAUAACAUUCUCCAGAUGCAGAAGAGACCAAAUUUACAUACAGGAGACAUGGCUAUGUUGAUUAUCACAGGGAGAAAGAGGGCCAGGUGUUAAAUCCAGGUAGGUGGGGGAAACAGAAUUUCCCCUCAUGGGACUAUUAAAGGAACAUCUUAUCUUAUUUUUCCUUUUGUCCUGUGAUUGAUAGACCACAUACGUAAAUGCACAUAUCAGAGUGCACUUAAGUUGUGUACUAACAAAUAUAUUUGCAAAAAAGACUCUUCUGCUAUGUCUGUACAGUGUAGCAGCAGGUGGUUUGUAGAGAAUCCAUCUAAUGUAAUAAGAGAGCUACAAUAUUACUGUCCUGAUGUAGCAGCUGCAAGCCAUACUUUAGCUCCAGUUUCUUUCCCACUUAAAAACUGUUGGCAUAUUUUUUUAUUUCUGCUCAUUUAUUUUAAUGCUGUAAUUUAGAUUUGAUAUAUAUGGAAAUAAAACAGCCCCCGUUGGCGAAAGACUUGCAGUGCUUCUUGCUAAAAGUCCCAUAAUGAGGUGUUUCUCCUCUGCUCCAGUCAUAGUGGAAAUGUAAGUUUAAUUGAAGACAGUGUGAGCACAGGCAACUUGAUUGGCAAGAACAACACUUUGCAGUCUCAAAUACUGUUGCCGUAUGGACCCACCUCACCAUGAAGUUUCCCAUCUGGUGCUCGAGUUGUAGAAGACAUGGUAAGAUGCCCAGCACCACACUGCUGCAUAGGGACUUUUUCCACAGAUGGAUGCAUCAGGUUACAUAAAUCUGUUUAUCUGUGGAUGGACAUUUGGACUGGAAACUUUUAGUGUUGAGAAGUUAAGUUCACAGAUUGUGUGUUGAAAUUUAUUUUGCUUAUUCUACCGUUGCUUGCCUUCAUCCGCGAGUUAAUACUGACCAUCAUACGCAGGUCUUUGCAUUAUUCCUCAGUCUUAAUGAUGCAAUCCUCUUAUAUGAAUCCUGAAAUCCGUCUUUCUUUCACUUCAUGUUUCUCUCUCUAUCUUGUUUUUUUUCCCUUUUUUUUUUUGUCUCCUCAGGGUGAAACAUCCGAAUAUUCUCCAGCUGGUGGACGUCUAUGAGACCAAAAAGGAAUACUUCCUCUUCCUUGAACUGUGAGUUCAGAAGUCUUAUGAGCAGAAAAAGGCUCUCUUCUUGUCUUUGCAGCGGCUUGGGCCUGCUGGGCUGUGUGUGUUGAUUACACACUCAUGGGGAAUAAGCUGUUGUAGCCUGAGGCCUGGUGGAUAUGAGAAGAGCUCUGAACUCUCUUAUUUGGUAUUCAGAUAUGAUUGCUUGCGAGCUGAACCAUUCUCAUCAGCAUGUUUUCCAGGGGAAUUAGAUACAGUUCUAUAGAUAUGCUAAAUGCGCAAUAGUACUCUCGUCCUUUGAGGACAAGUGAUUAGUGGGUUUAGGGUUCUGGUUGAAAAGAAUAUCAUCAAACAUACACAAAGAUAUUGAGAGAUAAUUAGGCUCAUUCCCUUGGUGGGUUGAAUUGAGCUGUCCUGUCAGAAAAUACAAUUCUUGGAUCUGUGUAAUUAACACUUCACUACAAAUAUUCAAUGCAAAAGUACCUUUGCAGGUCUCUAUUCGGCAGGUCAUUUUGUCUUUUCCUGAAAAUGUUAUAAUUAGAAACCAUAGAGAAGAGUGUGCGGCAGAAAACCUCUAAUUCACAUUUGAAAAAUAAUGUUUCGUCUACGUUGUGAGGUAAAACUUCAUGCAGAACUUUUAUAUGUAUGCUUUGCCUUCUUUUUUCCUUAAGUGCAACAGGCAGAGAAGUAUUUGACUGGAUCCUAGACCAGGGCUACUACUCAGAGCGGGACACCAGCAAUGUGGUGCGGCAGGUGUUGGAAGCAGUAGCCUACCUUCACUCCCUGCGUAUUGUUCACAGAAACCUAAAGGUAACAGUCCCAGCUUUAUUUUGGUUUACAACAGCCAUGGAUGCCCAAACUGACAGUAGUUUAUUAUGGAAAGGUUUUUAUUUAAAAGUAGAAGGCCCAUCUAAAGUGUAUUUCAUACAACAGCAGGUUCUGAUCAAGUAAUCUGAUUUUUAGAGAAACUCCAAAGGUGCUCAUGUAGAACCUCAUUAGUGGGACAUUCACUUUUGUACCAAUCCAUGUCAAGUGCACUGUAUACAAAAAUUGUGUUCUGUUUAGGGCUGGGCGAUAUGAGGAAAAGUGUAUCACAAUAUAUCUUUGUCAUAUCAGUUGAAAUCGAUAUAGUAUAUCACAAUAUUAAAAAAAAAUCACUUGUCAAUCUUAAAUGUUCUCUCUUACUCUUUAAUGAAAUUCAACAUGUACUUGACAUCAUUUGCAGUGCACAUUACUCUGCUUCAUGUCCCACCUUAAAAAAACCAAAAUGCCUUCACACCACCAAGGUUUUCGUGCCAGUGUUGUCGACAAUGUCAUCAUCUUUUGAGUAUUCAUCCGCAUUUCUGCCGGGGGUAGCACUCAUUUUCUUUUUUUCUCACCGGCAGUGCUGUUGGCUUCACGUGUUAAAUUGCUAUGGUUACGUGUAGCUGGGAGUUAUCGUUCUAAUUCAGCACAUGAUUGGUUCAGUGCAGCGCGACCUAGAGCAACUCCCCGUUUCGUUGGCUAUUCAUAUAGUCUACCAAAAACAUGGCAGAAUGCUGGUUAUUGAAAAGCAUAUUGACCAUGUUUUAUAUUGAUAUUAAUUUUUGAUAUAUAUAGCUUUAUUGUUUUAUUGCCCAGCCCUAGUUCUGUUUACACAUAUCAUCAUAAUCCAAAGCAACUGACCUGUGGUAACCAUGGACACACAUAAAGAAGCAAGAGUGCAGGAGAAUGUUUGGGUCUCUUUUGAUCCUAACUUAUGUGAGGAGUGAAAGUGUGUACAGGCUCAACAGCAAGCUUGACCACAAAACACCAAAAGUGAGCUUGACACACAUCUAGGCAUCAAGAGUUUGAUCCCCUGUAUUACAUUUCUGACAAUAGUAAAGUUCUCAGACCUUACAGUUUGAAAAUGAAGGAGGACAAACUAGUGGUGAAAGGACAAAAGCUGUUGCCAUGUGAAGUAAAAGCUAGAUUAGCUCUCCAUCAUGAUGUACUGUAUGCCAAAUGACCUUGUAUGAAAGUUACCAUUUAGACAAAAAUCUGAGUAUUUCUCAGAUGAAAAUGGCUGAUCAAAGCUUUAAGCUCAUGUCCAAUCAUAGUAAGGGAAAAACUUAAACUGAAUUUCCCACAUUUGAUGUCUUGUGUUUUAAUCUGUACAAGAUAAUUGAACCUUUAGAUGUUUUGAUUUUUUUUCAUUUUCUUUCUGUCAGAAAAUGAUCUCACCAGUGAAAUUCACAUCUCACUUCUCCUCGCAUGAUUAACUAUGAAAACGAUAACCCUGCAGCAUGAAUAAAUUAUCGGAAGCUGUCAUUGUUUUAUUUUUUUAUCAGUUGGAGAACUUGGUGUAUUACAACCGCCUGAAGCACUCAAAGAUAGUCAUCAGCGACUUCCAUCUUGCCAAGCUAGAGAACGGGCUUAUUAAAGACCCCUGUGGAACACCAGAGUACCUGGGUGAGAAAAUAAAUCAACAGAUAAGUCAAUGUCUGCCGAUCAUCAGUGAAUGUGAUGUGACUGCCUGAUGUGGUUUUAAACUCACAGAGGUUUUGAUCAAAUGUCUGUCUUGGAUGCAGCUCCUGAAGUGGUUGGCAGACAGCGUUAUGGCAGGCCGGUGGAUUGUUGGGCAACAGGUGUCAUCAUGUACAUCCUGUAAGUUGUGAAACAAAGGAGAAGCUUUGAAUCUUAAAAGAUGAAAAUGUCUUUAGGAGUCAUUUAUUCUCUUUUCAUUUGCUACAUUAGGUUGUCAGGAAACCCUCCUUUUUACGACGAAACGGAUGACGACGAUUAUGAGAACCACGACAAGAACCUGUUCCGAAAGAUACUGGCAGGGGACUAUGAGUUUGACUCUCCUUACUGGGAUGACAUUUCUGAUUCAGGUGCUUAAAGAUCAAACGAACUCUUUGAGGGAACACAAUGACAGCUCACAGAGUAAAUAUUUUAAAUCCAAGAGAGGUCCUGUCAUCUUACCUCCAACACAUGUCGUAUUUAUGUUCCCAUCAAUCAAGAGGACUAACCCAGGUUUUUUUUUUUUUCUUUUUUCCUUCGGUGUGAUUGUUUUAUGACAGCUAAGACUCUGGUUGCCCGUCUGAUGGAGGUGGAUCAAGACCAGAGACUAACAGCACAGGAAGCGAUAAAUCAUGAAUGGUAAGCAGAAUUGGAACAACAACUUAAAGGGAUAUUCUGGCAUGAAAUUAAUUUAAACACAACAUUAAUUCAAACACACCAUAACACUGAGUUAGACACCACCUCAAAAGAUGAAUGUUGCCGACCGCUUGCUUCUCUAGUUACGCCAACUUUAGUAACGACCGCACGAUAGUGAUACACUGUGGUCUAUGGAACCAGGUGCAAACCUCAAUCAAAACACCACUCUAAAGCCACAAAAAAUGAUCAGAACAGCACCUAACUUCAUCAACAGUACAUAUAGGGUCCCAGCCACAGCACUAGCCACCAAACAUCUCUUUAACUUUGCCUAAUUUCUUUCGCAAAGAAACUAAACACAUCUCACCUACUCUCUUCCAGCUGCCACUUGUUUGUAGUGAGACCUCGGGCCAAUCCAUUACGGACUGCUGCAGGGUGACACAGCUCAAGGAAGAACAUUUAUGCAUCACCCUGUUGUAGUCCGUAAUGGAUUGGCCCGAGGUCUCAAUACAAACAGGCGGCUGCUGGAAGAGAAAAGGUGAGUUGUAUUUAGUCUGAAAGUCUGUGGCUGGGACUCUGUAUGUACUGUUGAUGAAAUUAGGUGCUGUUCCGAUCAUUAUUUGUGGCUAUAGAGUGGCUUUUUGGUUGAGGUUUGUUUAUGGCUCCUCAGACCAUUGUGUAUUGCUAUCGUGCGGUCAUUACUAAAGUUGGUAUAACUAGGGAAGCAAGCAGUUGGUAACAUUCAUCUCUUGAUGGGGUGUCUAACUCGGUGUUAUGGUGUGUUAGACCCUAAAUUAAUUUUACGCCGGAAUAUCCCUUUAAGUAGCAUUGUUUGUUUGUUUGUCCAUCGGUAAAAUCCACGUUGAAUUGCAUCUUUCUGUGUGUUUCUUAAAUGAGUUGUAUCCACAUUUUGUACAACAGGAUCUCUGGCGGUGCAGCGUCUGAUAAGAACAUUAAAGAAAAUGUGUGUGCACAAAUAGAGAAGAACUUUGCCAGAGCUAAAUGGAAGGUAAGCCCUUUUUUUCUUAGGCGUGGUGUUGCAGUGUUGUAUAACACUGGCAGUCUUUUGAGAGUUGAUGUUCUCUGAACAAGUCCUCGGGAUACAGCACCUUUUUGAGUUCACUUUGUUCUUCCCCCGACAGAAAGCAGUGCGGGUCACCACCAUCAUGAAGAGACUGAGAGUACCCGAGGCAAAGACAACCAGCCCUGAGGCCACUGCGCCAGCAGACUCUACAGCUCCCCAGACAACCCCAGACCCCUCUGCGCCUUCUUCUGCAGCAGCACCCGAAAAAGAGCAUACUGAAGUCACAGAGCCUCCUGCAACAGCAGAGGAAAGCCAACCAGCACCAGAAGCUGGAUCCGAGGAGGCUGCCUCAUCCACUGAGCCCCAGCAACCAGACCCUCCACCACAGGAGGCGGAGCCAACAUCACGCUGUAACGGAGAAGCUGUAGCUGCUCUUAAUGCAGCUCCUGAGGCUGGAGAUGGGCAGGGUUAGAGCCCUUCCCCCCAACCCUCCCCAUAUGACCUCUGAAGUCCCCACAUCUCAUGCACACUGUAUAUUAGCUGCUAGCAUGGUGACACUGACUCUGCUUUUUCUCACUUGCAGCAUUAGAAUCAUCUCAUGGAGGCUGUGUGCUACCUUUCCUGAGUGCUGCUUUGUGUAGUCUUUCUACAUGUGUGUGUUUUAUCACUGACUCUCCGGUGUUUUAUGUCAGUUUAUACAAACCACCUCUAUCUUUGAAUACUUGAGUUUGAAGGGCAACACAGAUAUGCUGUCAAACUGUGGCUUUUGGCUAAACUUGUCUUUUUGCUUUGAUUCUUUUUAAUGAGUCAACCUUGGAAACUUCUUCCUUCCUUCCAGUGUUUCAAAAACAGAAUUUGUUCUUUGAAUCAGCAGAAAAAGUUUUGCAGAAAGUGAAUUCUGACCAUAAACUUUCACACACUCUGAUGUGCCUGUCCUUGCACAUAGAGAAGAUCACAUAACCCCGUCACAAAAGAAACACAGUUACCUGUCUUUCUGUAAUUGUCUACACUAACUCAGUGUGACAAUGCUGAAGCUGGUGACUGGGAGUUAUCAAGCCCAGUGCGGUAUAUUUGAAUGAGGCAGCUUUACACAGAAGCACACAAACAUACAUACACACACACAUUUUAUUUCUUUGCUGACUUCCUGCUCAGGAAAGCACCUCAUAGCUGUAUGUGUAAAGAUCCUGUAUAUAGAGACCUUUGUAGAAGUAGCCAAAACAGCAUGCAUUCACACUUUUUGCUGUUCAUUUUACAAACACUUGAUGGAUAAAGAUGCCCGUCUGACAAUUUCGUCUUCACACUGGCCACAGCUCCCUCAUCCUCACCUCUUGUCUAAAACUAUGUGGGAUUGUUUUUUUUUUUUUUUUUGGAAGCGCACUGCACAUUAUGCUGUCUGUCACUACUGCUUAUUCAAGGCACUCUCUUCCGCUGAAAAGAAAGUCUUCAUUUCAUGGCACCACUAUGUAUCCAAAUUAAUUUGUAGCUUUCCAUUCGAAGAGCUGUUACUCCACGACAUCUUUAUCCAUCACAUACGACAGAGUAUUGGGGCCACAUUAAGAAAAAAAAAGAAUUUGAGAUUACAGUUUGUUAACGUUUGACAAUAAACUCACAACUAAUGAGAAUUAAGUCAUUAGUAAUGAGAAUAAAGUUGUAAUUAAGUAAUUACUCACAAGAAUAAAGACGUACUAAAAUUAUUACUUAAAAGAAUGAAGUCCUUAUAUUCUAACCUGUUGUUUAAGACGACAGUUGUUGAAAAGAGAGCCAUGAAGCAUUUUGUGAAAAUGUGCUUUAAUAUAGGUUUCUCAAACAAGAUACUUAAUCUUUUGGCACAUCAGCACCACAUUAUCAUAAUUAUCAUAAUGAUUUUAUUACAACUGCAUUCUCAUAAGUAUUGAUUUUAUUACGAUUCUAUUCUCGUAAGUAAUGAUUUUAUUACAACUUAAUUCUUGUACGUAAUGAUUUAAGUACGACUUUAUUCUCGUAAGUAAUUGCUUUAUUAUGACUUUAGUCUCGUUAUUAAUGGCUUAAUUCUCGUUAGUAAUGACAGUAUUCUUGUAAGGUAACGACUUUAAUCUUGAAGUCUCAUUUAUUUGUUUUUUUCUUAAUGUGGCCCUAAUACUCUUUGUUUUUUUUUUUAGGGGGGGUGAGGGAUGGGGGCUGGAUCUCAGUGUUCUUGCAUCUACUGUGGUUUAACCGUGACCCCUGUGUUAGGAUAUUGACUUAAACGCCACAUAUGUCUUAAUAUUAAGUUGUAACUUUAAAAAAACAAAACGUGCAUUAACUGACCACAUGCGGCUUUCAAGAGAAGACGUGCAUCAUUUUGACUUUGUGGUAACUAGAGCUCUUAUCACUUACACAGAUUUUCUGAUGUGAACUCUGCUGUUACUCGUGUUUGGAGAAAAUCCCACAUUUGCUUUUUUAAUGUUUUUUUUUUUUUGUAAUGCUUUUUUUGUUUUUUAUUCCAUAGAUUUCUUAUAAACAGUAAUAACCUAUCCUUUGCUGUCACUGGUCCCCUUGAGCAUUAAUAAAGACCUAAGUUCUCUGUAAUCACUCUAGAGGAUAUUGAGCAAUAUUCGACUGGCUGCAGAAACUGUGAUUCCUGGUGUCCUUUCGAUACAGUCCAUGUACCUGUAAGUGGAAGUCUUUAGUCCUUGCCAGCUGUCAGGCCCAUCAGGGCCACUUAAAUAGUAUGUGGCUACUGUCAGAUAAGUGUGUGGGGGCUGAUAGAUAAGACCAUUUUGCUUCUCUGGCUCGUGUGUGCCACAUGGUCUCCUGUGUUAACACACGUUUAGCCUUGGGCUUUUGUUCCCUGGUCACAUGGAAACAGCAGACAUGUUGUCAACACAAUUAUUGGAUUGGACAGUUUUAUGAAACAUAAAUUACUGCAAAUUUGUCCCCCCAGAUCUGCUGUCAAGAGUAUUUACCCUGAGCACCGAUGAAUCUAUGAAUUUUCCUUCGGGGAUCAAUAAAGUCCUUUUCUUCUACGUCUUCUGUAUAAAAAUGUGCACUGAAAUUAAUAGGAGCUCUGGACAGUACUGAUCAUGUUUGUAAUCCCAAUUAUGACAAGUUUGGCUUUGUUGUGACAUCUACACAUGUAUUGCUUUUUAAUUUGAAAUUGAGUUGAUUGGUUGACACACCAAUUAUUUAGAUAAUACAGCCGUAUAAUUUCUUACAGUGUUAUUCUUGACAGGGGUAAUAUUUAGGCAUUAAUGAGAGGCUUUAACAGAAGAUUUAGAGAGACUUUUGUGUGAAUAGAUUAUUUUAUGUAGUCUGUUUUCUUUGUUUAGAUGGCAAAUAAAUACUGUUUCAAUAAUGUUACACACUUUAAAGCAAUGCUUUUCCAAACCAUUCCUCACUGUAUCUAAUAUUUCAUGUUUGUUCAUUUUGCCAUGCACUUACAGGUGUAUUUGUAGAUGUGAUGUUUGCCAGGACCAGUGGUCACCUGUAGGUCCUGUCUUGCAUUUGUGAGCUCUGUACUGUACCCCUUGACUGAGUUGAUGACUUUGAUGGUAUUAAAAUUUACUUCAUCUAUAUAUUCAUCA